AACUCCAAACACGGAAUUGCUAAACAUGUCGGCAGCAAGUAGCGCGUACAAACCCGUGAGCUAUGUCAUUUUCGACAUGGAUGGAUUGUUAUUAGACACAGAGCGACUGUACACCGUGUCCUUCCAGGAAGUGUGUGACCGCUUUGGGAAGCAGUACACCUGGGGAGUGAAGUCCAAAGUGAUGGGUGCAAAAGCUUUGGAUGCAGCUCAAACCAUCCGGGACAUGUUGGAGCUUCCGAUGACAGCCGAGGAACUCCUUGCUGAAAGCAGACAAAUACAAGAAAGGAUUUUUCCCUCUGCCAAACUCAUGCCAGGUGUGGAGAAGCUGGUGAAGCACUUACAGAAACACGGUAUCCCCACUGCCGUCGCCACCAGCUCUGCAGGUGCGACAUUCAACUUGAAGACGAGCCAGCACAAAGGAUUCUUUGCUUUGUUCCACCACAUCGUUCUAGGAGAUGAUCCCGAGGUGAAGAAUUCCAAACCCCAGCCUGACUCCUUCCUCGUCUGUGCCAGCAGAUUCAAGCCCCCUGCAUCUCCAGAUACGUGCUUGGUGUUUGAGGACGCUCCCAACGGUGUGAGGGCGGCCCUGGCAGCAGGGAUGCAGGUGGUGAUGGUUCCAGACAAGAACCUUGAUCCGGGUCUGACUCAGGAGGCCACACUACGGCUUUCGAGCUUGGAGGAGUUUGAACCGCAGCUCUUUGGCCUACCAGCAUUUGACUGGAAGGUUUCCAUGUCACCACGCCUCGACUGCCUGUUGAAGACAAAUGGUUAAAAAGUCUCUUUCAUCUUGAGCUGUGCAAUCCCAAGGACUAAAGGUGAUUGGAGUGAUGGGGCCACCAGGAUAUUAACCUGGCUCUGCCUGGUGGACUUGAGCUACACGGGGAGAGGUCCAGGAUCAGAAAUGAGAUGUCAUCUGUAAAUUUGCUGGUAAGCAUUGCGUUCAGGGUCAUUGUUUUGCUGCCAGGGAUUCGGAGGUCCGUCCUCUCUCGAGGAGUAUAUUUGAGGAAGCCGUCAACCUGUCUUGCAAAGAUUUAAACUUGCUGUGCCAAACAAAGAAGCAUCAUGACAAGAGAAAGGGAAAAGCUAGCGUCUGCUACCUUGUAAACCAACCCCAAUCGCUUGGCGGCCAGCGUUUUGUUUUGGACUCACGUUGACUGACUAAUAUUGAGUUUUUUAGCAAGACAGUAGCCCCUGUUUAUCGCGGUUUAUUGGUUCCAGACCCGACUGUUUUAAGUGAAUUUCCACCAAGUAGGAUUCCUUAUUAAUAAAUGGAAUAUUUUUGUAGUUAGAGCAUAGCAGAUCUGUUUACAACACUUCUAAAUGCGGGUUUUAACAUUAUUAGAGCCCUCUAGACAUGAAAUAACACCACAAAGUCACCUUUACACACCUAUUACCCAAAUAGUAGACAUAAUAUGAUAAAAUAAGACAUAAAUAAGACUCAUGCUCAUGGGUGUUGCUGUAAAUGUGUUCCGGCGCUAAAGGACAGGGAGUGACGUCGGCGGUACAUAGUUGAGUUUUAGCUUGGCGUGGGUUACGACGGCAACAGUAGCCCGUGUUAGGAUUUAUUGUGGCUGUUGUGAGAUCAUUUAAACCUGCAAUAAAAGGCUGUUGUUUCGGAAAUCAAGUCUGGUGCUUGCGUGUCUCACUGAACAUUACAGUAACUUUAAUGACACCUAGUGACCAGUGUAGAGUACUACAUAGACAUAGAUGAGACUCACGCAUGUUAGCAUUGAAAAAGUUCCUUGUUUUUGUGCCAGGUUUUUUUUUUUUUUUUUACUUCCGGUUCCAUCCGUUUACAUCCUACGGUGGCUACUGUCUCAUCAGUGUAACAUCAGUGACAC